AAAUGAAUAAAAUUGGAAAAAUCGGAUUUCUUGGUGGUGGAAAAAUUGCCCAAGCUAUGGCUAAGGGCUUUAUUGGAUCUGGCCUAACAAAAGCCGAAUCAGUGAUAGCCAGUGUACAUCCCGCCGAUCAAAUGUCAUUGCAAUCAUUUAAGAAAUUGGGUGUCGAGACGAUAACAAAUAAUGAUCCGGUCGUUGAAAAAUCCGAUAUUGUUUUCAUAUCAGUAAAACCACAAGUUGUGCCCAGUGUCUUGAGUGAAAUUAAGACAAAAAGUGCCGAGAAAUUAUUCAUAUCAGUGGCGAUGGGUAUCACACUGAAAACAUUGGAACAGAAUCUCUCGCCCAGUUCCCGUGUAAUACGUGUCAUGCCCAACACCCCCGCCCUUGUACAAUGCGGUUGUUCGGUUUUCGUACGUGGCAGCAAAGCCACCGAUACAGAUGCCCACACAACACAACGUCUAUUAGAAUCUAUUGGCACCUGCGAAGAAGUUACCGAAAAUCUCUUAGAUCCCGUUACAGCACUGAGCGGUAGUGGACCCGCCUAUGUUUUUGUUAUGAUUGAAGCAUUGGCAGAUGGUGCUGUACGUAUGGGUAUGCCACGUGAUAUGGCAUAUCGUUUGGCAUCACAAACUGUUAUGGGCUCUGGUAUGUUGGUACGAGAGAGUAAAGAACAUCCUGGAGUUUUGAAAGAUAAUGUUACAAGUCCCGCGGGUUCAACAGCGGCAGCUUUAAAACAUUUAGAGGAAUCUGGAUUUAGAUCUGCUGUUGCGGGAGCUGUUGAGGCUGCAACGCUGAGAUGUCGGGAAACAACUGAACACUAA